AUGGGCUUCUACAGUUACUUGCAACUCGGAAUAAGGAGGAGAAUGCGUGAUCACCAAAGAGUUUUAGCACAUUCACUUGUAGGCACCCCAAAUUAUAUAGCACCUGAAGUUUUGGAACGUAGUGGGUACACGCAACUUUGUGAUUGGUGGAGUGUGGGUGUUAUACUCUAUGAAAUGUUGGUCGGUCAGCCACCAUUUUUAGCAAAUACGCCUGUUGAAACGCAGCAAAAGGUAAUAAAUUGGGAAAAAACAUUAAAUAUACCGCCGUUGCCAAUGUUAACACGAGAAGCAACAGAUUUAAUAAAACGUCUAUGCUCGUCUGCCGAUAAACGUUUAGGUAAAAAUGCGGACGAGGUAAAAGCGCAUGAUUUUUUCAAAGGCGUCGAUUUUGCGGAUAUGCGUAGACAAAUUGCACCAUAUAUUCCAAAGAUUGAACAUCCAACAGAUACAUCAAAUUUCGAUCCCAUUGAUGAGGAUAAAAUACGUUCGAAUGACUCAAAUCUAAGCGGUGAUGAUUUUAAUUUAGCAGAUAAACAGUUCCAUGGAUUUUUCGAAUUUACAUUUAGAAGAUUUUUUGAUGAUAGACUUAAUCCUGAUAUGAUGGAUGAUCAAUCCCCGGUUUAUGUAUAAGUAUAUUAAAAUAACAAAAUGAAACAAAAAACUACAGCAUAAUAGGUAGGGUGCAGAUGGUUUAGCGGAUUAUAAAUAGUUAUUUUUAUUUGAUUAAAAACGUAUAUGGUAUGCAUGUACAGAGGUAGAUACACAACAGUUUUGUGUACCGCAUGUACAAAUGGAAUAGGCGGUACCUGUACUCUUUUAAAAAGUGCACAUAGUUGCAACAUUUAUAGUCAAUUUAAAUAAUUCAAUACAUUUAAGUACUGUAACGUUUUUCCAUUUUGUACUCAUAAGUGAAUUAAUGAAAUUGUCGCAAAAAAAUUAAUAAAUAAAUAAAUAAUUCAAAAACUUUUUUUAACAAAA